AUGCCGCCACGACAUCAGACUCUCCCGAGUGCGCAGACGGCCUCAGCCCGCGCAGCUAGGCAGUCGUUCUACUGCGAACUGUGCUCCAAAGGCUACAGCCGCAUGAACGACUAUGAAGCACACCUCUCAUCCUACGAUCACUCGCAUCGGCAGCGCAUGAGGGACAUGAAGCAAAUGGUCAAGGACCCCACGGCCGCCGCGAGAGCAAGAAAGGCAGAGCAAAAAUCCGACGGUCUCAUAAGCAUCAAGCUGGGUGAAGGCGGCAGUGGCAGCGCGUCUGGAGCGGGCGGAGGCUUCAAGAAAGGCGGCUUUAAAAAGAGUGGCUUCAAGAGUGCUUUUGCUCCCUCUGGUGGCGAAGACGAAAAGAGCGUUAGUGAUGCGGUUGCGAAAGACGGAAUCAAGGAGAAGAGGAUCGUUAGCCUCCAGGACGAAAGCGACACCGAAGAUGAAGGAUACGAGGUCUAUGAUCCGAGGAAGCCGACAGACUGA